AUGGUCGGCAAGGACAAAGGGAAGCAAGGGACUGUCAUGUCAAUCUCCCGUGACACCAAUGAGGUUCUGGUUGAAGGAAUGCACUGUAAACUUGAGGUUGAAGUAGAAGGAGUGAAGAAGUUGGGAAUAGAUGAGACUCUAAGGUGGAAAGAGCAGCCCUUGAGAGUGGACAAAGAACAGGUGAAGCUAGUGGAUCCCAAUGAUAAUGAACCUUGUGAAGCGAAGUAUGUCAUGGGUUUUCUUUAUGUCCACCAAAUUCCACCAAGCAUCUCUUCUUUUUCUAGAUGGACUCUAAACACCGCUGGCGACGAGUAUAUAAGAAUUUCCGAACGAUCAGAACGCACCUACGUUCCAAAAUUAGCAUCAUUCGAAGAAGAAAUAGCAGCUGAGAUGGGCAUCAAAGAUUUCAAACCUCCUAAACCAACGUACUGGUACUGA